GAGCGACGCAGCUCGUCGGGACGGAAAUAGUAGCGAUCAGUAGCGAUUGUCAUUACGCUCGUGGUGGUUUCGUCGUCUUCGUCGCCCGACGCGAGCAGCAGAGAUCGUGAGUAGCUCGAUAGCUUGAGGAUUAGCCAUGAAGAGUUUGGUGGCUUUGCUGUUGCUGGCGGUCCUCGCCACGGGACAUGCCAUUGCCUUCAACAAGAUCCUGGAUGCUGAGUGGUUCAUUUUCAAGAUGCAUCAUAAGAAGGCCUACAAAUCCCCGCUCGAGGAGGGCUACAGAAUGAAAAUCUUCUUGGAUAACAAGCGCAAGGUCGCCGAGCAUAAUCGCAAGUACGAGAUGAACCAGGUUACCUACAAACUGGGAAUAAACAAGUACGGAGAUAUGUUGCAUCACGAAUUUGUCAGCACGAUGAAUGGCUUCAACAAGUCAUUGAGUGCCGUAAAGAAGCACCUGGGAGCAACUUUCAUCCCGCCAGCUAACGUCGAAUUGCCAAAGGAGGUCGAUUGGAGGGAACACGGCGCUGUCACGGAAGUUAAGGAUCAAGGGCACUGUGGAUCCUGCUGGGCAUUCUCUUCCACCGGAUCUUUGGAAGGCCAGCAUUUCAGACACACCGGCGUCUUAGUGUCGCUAAGCGAGCAAAACCUGGUCGACUGUUCCAGCAAGUACGGCAACAAUGGGUGCAAUGGCGGUUUGAUGGACAACGCCUUCCAAUAUGUCAGAGACAACAGAGGCCUCGACACUGAGAAGAGUUACCCGUAUGAGGCGGAGAACGACAAGUGCAGAUACAAUCCGAGAAACAACGGCGCUACCGACCUCGGCUUCGUAGACAUUCCACAAGGAGACGAGGAGAAGCUGAAGGCUGCGGUUGCCACUGUAGGCCCCGUCUCGGUCGCUAUCGACGCCUCUCACGAAUCCUUCCAGCUUUACAGCGAAGGAGUGUAUUACGAUCCCGACUGCAGUGCGGAAAAUCUUGACCACGGUGUGCUGGUCGUCGGCUAUGGUACAGACGCGGAAACCGGUCACGAUUACUGGCUAGUUAAGAACAGCUGGGGCGAAUCGUGGGGUAAAGGCGGUUACAUCAAGAUGGCUAGAAACAAAGAUAAUCAGUGCGGUAUAGCAACCAGUGCUAGCUAUCCUCUCGUUUAACUUAAUAACGAGCUCUAGCGCGUUGUGAUCCGCUAAACAUGGCAUGUGCUUAGGGACCUAGAAAAGUUUCGCGAUUAAAAAAGAAAAAUGUUUUUACGCACUUCCUAAUGUAUUAUAAUCUUAAUUGCACUUUAACUCAAGCUGUAGUAGAAUUUCUGUAGCCAGUUUUCCUUUCUUACCGUGCUAUGAAAGGAAUUUUUGUUACAAAGGGUUUUACGGAUCUCCAAGCUUUCUUAGGUCUCUAUGUAAUUGUUUAAUUUGAACAAAGCCAAAAGAUAAACGUUCGCGAAAAACGCGAAGGUUGCGAGGACGACGACGAUUCGUCGUUCAUCGCUUUGAUAAGUUGGAUUUAGCGACAAUUGUGGACGCGUGUUAUCUUAAGUUAGAUUUAAUCAUAAUUUUUUAUUCAAGUUUAUAAAAUGGUUAAUAUUGCCCAGAAUAUUUUUUUAGUAUCCCAAGACAAGAAAUGUCCGUGAAAACUUGAUCCUCUACUAAAGUUACGUAACUGAUAAAUGGUCGAUCUAAUUAAGCGGUUUCAAGAAAUUAAUUACACGUGUGUCUCUCUGGUAAUAAUCCAGAAUUAACGCCAGGUGUUGUUCAUUAAGAAAAUUGAUCUCUAUUUUUUAGAAAACAUGGGAAAUAAAGAGAUUCUUAAUAUGCUA